AUGGCUGCACCAUUAGGACUAGAUCUCAAAUCGAAAAAGGCGCGGAAGCGGAGUGAUUAUGUCUACCUCGAAGAUUACAGGACAAGAUGGAACGACAAUGACAUGUUCCAUCACAUGAACAAUCCAAUUUACGGUGUCCUGAUCGACUCAAUCAUCAACUCAUACUUAAUCCAGAAGACUGGUUACAGCCCCGGUUAUGCCGACCACAACUCCGAAUUCAUUGGGCUGGUCGGAUCGAGUUACUGCGACUACUUUGGUGCCACACAAUACCCCGGAGUCGUCAACAUUGGUUUGAGAGUGGUGAAGUUGGGGAAGAGUAGUGUCAUGUAUGAAGUGGGGAUUUUCCAAGACGGUGAGGAAGAAAUCAAAGCUGUUGGCGGCUUUGUACAGAUCUGGGUCGAACGCAAAUCGAAUAAGGUCAAGGGAGAAGGGGUGCCGUCUCAUGUUAGAAAACAGCUUUUGCCUUUGCUGAAAGGUAGUGAGCAAGAUCCUGCUCUUCAAAAAUCGAAGUUGUAG